CGUGAGAGCAUGUUGUGAAUAUGAAUGAAAUAAAAAGACACGUUAGUCAGGAUUGUAUUGCGGCAUCUUUUUUAUUUGAUAAGACACCGUUUUUAAAAGACCAAACUCAGUAAACACAUUAAUAAUGAAGCAAAGUGUGUACAGAAAAGCAGUUUUGGUUUAGUUUGGUCUUUUAAAAACGCAGUCUUGUCGCAUUAAGCCACGUUUUAUGUUCCCGAGUUCAUGAUCAUUGAGUCGUUUAUGAACGAUUUGUUUCUUUUAAACGAGUCGGUUCAAAGAUUUAUUCGUUCAUUUCUGCUGGACGCGCAUGCGCAAAGCCUCCAUAUGUUAUGUAAAAAUUAUUUGUGUAGUUCAUCUCUCUACUCUUCUGGUCCAAGUCGUUCCUGUUUUUAUCACGUGACUUCCAUAUAAGCUAUGCAUGUGAUUAAAUGAACGAAAUGAGCUAAUUGACAAAAAAAAAGAACGAUUCGUUUAUUUUGAUGAGAUUCAAAGAACCAAGUCGCUAAAAUGAUUUUCGAUGAUCUUCCCAUCACCAGUUUGUGGCUUCUUGGCUUUGUUUUGCUGAUCGGUUUCUCACCAGUGCAGUUCGGGAGGAAUAUUGACCAGAAACUCGGGAGAUCGCAACACCGGUUACCAUAGCAACGAUCCAAACAGGGAGGGUUUUCAGUGUGUGACGCUCCAACCCUCACCAAACACAACAUAUACAGACUUUCUCGUAAAUUUAAGGAACUGUAGACAUCCAGACUCACUUGGUCUUAACCGGAUAAUAACACACCUGGAGAUGGUAUUUCAGACUUAUGCAGUGUCCAUAGCAGAGCAAGAUGUUUAACAAGUCGUUCGGUACUCCCUUCGGAGGAGGAACAGGAGGAUUUGGGACUUCAUCCACGUUUGGGCAACAGAACACAGGGUUUGGAGCGACAGGUGGUUUUGGUGCUUCUGCUUUUGGAACCACAACCAACACCGGUGGACUUUUUGGGGCAACACAGAACAAACCUGGUGGGCUUUUUGGCUCCAGCACAUUCAGCCAGCCCGUCACUUCGUCUACUAGCAGUGGAUUUGGGUUCGGUGCCACAAGUGGCGGUACCUCGAACAGCCUCUUUGGCAGUACUAAUACAGGAAGUGGAGGGCUUUUCUCUCAGCAAGGAAAUGCAUUCGGUGCCAAUAAACCCGCCUCUUUUGGUACUUUUGGAACCAAUACCAGCAGCGGAGGAUUGUUCGGGGCAACCAACGCUGCCGCUAAUCCGUUCGGAGCAACCUCUUCUCUGUUCGGACCCUCUGGCUUUACUGCGACGCAACCUGGAACGACUAUCAAAUUUAAUCCACCAACCGGAAGUGACACGAUGGUCAAGAGUGGUGUGACGACCAGCAUCAACACCAAGCACCAGUGCAUCACAGCCAUGAAGGAAUACGAGAACAAAUCUCUAGAGGAGCUAAGGCUGGAAGAUUACCAAGCAGGAAGAAAGGGACCCUCAAACCCAAUGGCAGCCACUGCAGGCGGCUUGUUUGGGGCCACAGCCGCUGCACCUCCCAGCACUGCUGCUGGUCUGUUCGGCUCCUCGGGUACCGGCUUCAGCUUCAACCAGGCCAAGCCUUCAUUCAGCGCUGGUACCAGUGGCUUUGGGGCGACCCCGGGUGGUUUAUUUGGGCAGCCAGCUCAGACUAAUAGUCUCUUCAAGCCCUUCAGUCAGGCCACCACCGCCCCAAACACUGGCUUCUCCUUCGGGGGCACCAACACCAUGGGCCAGGCCAACACCAGCACUAUGGGUCUGUUUGGGAACACUGCUGCCUCGCAGGCUGGAGGUCUGUUUGGGAACACGGCCAACACCAGCACGGCCGCGGGCUUUGGCACGGGCACCGGGCUCUUUGGGCAGCCCAAUACCGGCUUUGGGAAUGUGGGUACACAGAAUCUGUUUGGUAACAAACCUGCGGGGUUUGGCACCACCACCACGAGUGCUCCCUCCUUUGGCACAGGCACUGGCCUGUUCGGCAACAAACCUGCACUCAGUUUAGGGACAAACACGAACACUUCCAGCUUUGGGUUUGGAGCCAAUCCUGCUGUAGGUAGUUUGUUUGGAAACAAAUCUGCUACUGGAGCACUCGGGACAGGACUCGGAGCGGGUUUUGGAGCAGGUGUAGGUGCAGGUACAACGUCUCUGUUUGGAAAUAACCAGAACAAAAUCGGAUCCACUCUGGGGACAGUAGGGGCGUUCGGGGGCAAUAGUUUCAACACAGGAAACAGCGCGCUGAACUUUGGAGCACCGCAACAACCUGUCGCCCUGACUGAUCCCAACGCAGCAGCCCAGCAAGCAGUGCUCCAGCAGCAGCUCAAUGCGCUGAACUAUUCUCCUUUUGGAGAUUCACCUCUGUUUAGAAACCCACUCUCAGACCCCAAGAAGAAAGAGGAGCGCCUGAAGCCUACAAAUCCAGCCGCCCAGAAAGCCCUGACGACCCCUACACACUACAAGCUCACCCCCCGUCCUGCCACACGUGUGCGUCCCAAGGCCCUCACCUCAUCAGGUUCUGGGAAAUCUCAGCUUUUCGAUGGGCUAGACGACGAUGAACCUUCUCUCACUAACGGAGCUUUUAUGCCCAGGAAGAGCAUAAAAAAACUUGUGUUGAAGAAUUUGAACGGAAGCAGUCUUUACAACAGCCCACUGAGCAGGGAGACUGAAGACUUGAACUCCCCAUCAGAAUACCCAGAGAACGGCCUCAGCCCGAGAGCAGAUACAGAAGAAAACCAAGACCUAGAGCCUCAAGGAGGCGCAGAGGACGACCUGCAAGUCUCAAAGUUCUACACCAACCGCAUUACUAAGCCCAUCCUGCACACCCAGCCCAGUCCCUCACUGCAAGACACCAUCAGCGAGCUGAACAUGCGCAGAGCCAUCAGCGCUCGCAACGGCCUGGACCUCAGCAGUGAGGACAUCUCUUUGGGAGACGAGAGUAUUCAGGAAGAGAGGGACGAGGAGCUGGAGGCACAGAGACCUCCUCACCCAGCAGGUAUCGUGCUCACCCGGGUGGGCUACUACACCCUGCCGUCCAUGGAGGAUCUCGGGAAGAUGCUGAAUGAAAAUGGCGAGUGUAUCGUCGAAAACUUCACAGUUGGAAGGAAAGGCUACGGCUCUGUCUACUUUCCUGGUGAAGUGAAUUUGACGAACCUGAAUCUCGAUGAAAUUGUGCACUUUAGACGAAAGGAAGUAAUUAUCUACUCUGAUGACAAAGAUAAACCUUCUGUGGGAGAGGGCCUGAACAGACCAGCAGAAGUGACCCUUGAUGGUGUUUGGCCCAACGACAAAACCACAUGCAAUCAGAUCAAAAGUCCUCAGCGGCUGAGCGAGAUGAACUACGAGGAACGCCUAGAGAACGCUUCACGCAAGCAAGGCGCCCGCUUCCUGGAGUACAGACCUGAAACUGGUUCCUGGGUGUUUGAGGUGCCACACUUUUCCAAGUACGGCCUGCAAGCCUCAGACGAGGAGGAUGACGUCCCCCCGGCUAAAACUGAGACGAAGAAGAUUAAAACGGCCAUCUCGGCGGGACUGCAGCAAAUCCCACUGCCCCAGCAGCACCAACAGAUGGCGCCACAAGCUCAGAGUACGGCGGUGCUGGAGCUUCUGAGCCGCGUGUCCGAACUGGACAGCGACAUGGCCGAUAUUACCCAGGAGCCUCCAGCGGAUGGAGUGUUGUGUGACGAGGAUGACAGCGUGUUGGAGGAUGACACCAGGAUGGCACUAAGAGCGGCGACCCCUGCUGAGCCAGAGCCCAUCUCUGCCUCCAGCCAGAUCGCCUCCUCGUUAGGAAUCAACCCACACACGCUUCAGAUUAUGAAGGCAUCCCUGUUUGCUGGUGACGACGACGACGGCGACCUCUUUUAUGAGCAGCUCCCUCUGAAGGUUUUGGAGGAGGUGUCGUCUCCCCGGCUCUUAUUUGCAAAAUCCCAGGCCAGACUAUCAGUCGGUGGCCUUCUGCAGAGCAAGUUGACUUCUGGUGGAGGGCUGUUUUCACAGCUGCCUGAGGUUCCCUUCGGAGCGAUCCUUCAGAAACCGAGUAAGCCAGCAGAAGCUCCAUGGCCCUCACUGAGCACCUCGAUCGUAUUGCCUCCUCCGGUCCCUGAGGUCACUCUGAGGACUGUGGGAGCACGCAGACUGGAUGGCCCAGUGCCUCUUGACAAUUCAGUGACUGUGGGAAAAAGCCGUCUCUUGAUGGAUGCAGCGCUGUAUAUGGGCCGCUCUUUCAGGGUGGGAUGGGGCCCUAACUGGACACUUGUGCAUUGCGGGAAUCGUCUCAGCACAACUGCGGAGUCGAAGGAUCAGAACAAAGACUCCAUGGGCUUCGGGUUCCUGCCCAGACCUACGAAGAACCGGCAAAUCACUGAAAGCCCCUUUAAAGUACAUCUGGAGCAGGUGGUGGGGAUGGAGCCCAAGGAGACGUCGGAGAGCCUGGCUGUGUACCACCAGCCGCUUGAGAUCGGGCUCAGGCACAGCACCAUCAAUACUGACCAUAUCUGCCCUUUCAUCCAGCCAGAGAAAGGAGUGAACGCUCUGCACGAUUAUGCUAAGUGGAUUGUAGAGGUUCUCAAGCAGCAAGGAGCUGGAGAUGUUGUUCUUGGUCACUGGCAGCAAGUAUGGACUCUGUGUGAAGCUCUUUGGGGGCGGCUCGCAGAUCAGGAUUUGAAGGUCGGCGGAGGUUAUCGGGAGCAACAUGCGAGAAGGCACGGUUUCUCCCUCUGGCUAUCUGAGAGCGCCGCCCAACGCAUUCAGGACGAAGUGGGCCACAAGCAGCACCACGUCGAUGCCAUCUUCAGCUACCUGACUGGCAACUGCAUCAGUGAGGCCUGCAAAUUAGCCCAGAAGAAUGGAGACCAUCGUCUCUCAUUGCUGCUGUCCCAGGCUGUGGGUUCUCAGGGCAGCAGAGAUCUUCUGGCUCUCCAGUUAUCAGACUGGAACAGAAUGCAGACUGACUCUUUCAUCCAGGAGGAGAGGCUGCACAUUUUCGCCCUACUCGCAGGCAAACCUGUUUGGGAGGCAACAGAAUGCUAUAUAAACGUGUGCUCCGAACUGGACUGGAAGCGCUGUUUGGCUGUGCACCUGUGGUACAUGCUGCCUCCUACAGCCUCUGUGGCAGACGCUCUCGCCAAAUACGAAGCCGCCUUUCAAGGUUUGGACGAUGGAAGAAAAUACGCAUGUGCUCCUCUCCCUCCUUAUAUGGAUGAUGCAGAACAGGACGAUUUGGAGGAGAUGGAGGAUACAGAAUCUAAAAAGCCGCUUUAUGACAUCUGUUUUCAUUUGCUCAAACUUUACAGUGACAAGCACUACAGUCUGCAGCAGUUGCUGGACCCCACUACGGUGACGGCAGAGCAGCUUGACUACAGGCUAAGUUGGCACCUGUGGAACGUGCUCCAGGCCCUGAAUUACACCCACCUGUCAGGGUCAUGCCAGAGUCUCCUACACACGAGCUACGCUGCCCAGCUCGAGAGCGCAGGCCUCUGGGAGAUGGCGGUUUUUGUUCUGCUUCACAUCCCUGACCCAUUGCUUCGAGAGCAUGCUGUGCGGGAGAUCCUGAACCAGCACUGCACUCUGGAGGAGACCGAGGAGUCUGCAGAGAAGGAACGCUUCCUCACCGACAAGCUGCUCAUCCCCAAGCAGUGGAUUCAUGAAGCUAAGGCUACCCGGGCUGGCAGGGACGGAGACCGACACCGCGAAGCGCUCCAUCUGUACAGGGCCGGACACUGGAACCGCUGCCAUCGGCUCGUCAUCCAAAACCUGGCUUCAGACUGCAUCAUUAAUGAUAACCACGGGUAUCUGAAGGAGUUCCUGGAGGGCCUGGCAGUGCCCGAGCGCAGCGUGCAGAUACAGGACUGGGAUACGUCGGGACGUGUCUAUCUGGACUACAUUUGUGUAAUUCAGACUCUAAAAGCCAUUCAGCAGAUGGACAGCCCUGGAUACGAGCUGGAGCGGCUACAAACAGAUGUGACAUCCCUGUGCAGCAGGAUUGAACUCCUUCCCUGUUUCAAGGCCAAAGACAGACUGGCCCAAUCAGAAAUGGCCAAACGUUUGGCUAACAUCCUGCGCGCAGUGCUAAGCCUCGAACUGGGCGGAGACAGCGCCGUGGAUCCUCGUCACAUCCCCCUGUGCCAGCUCGCGCCCCACAUCGGACGCUUACCCAUGCCUGAGGACUACGCCCUGGAGGAACUCCGCAGCCUCACGCAGUCUUACCUUCGAGAAUACAUCGUCGUCAGUCACUGAGAGCAGCGACAACUUGGACUUUUUUUCAACACUUUGGUUUCACCUCGAACACAUAAACACGUUUAUUUCUCAGUCAAUGCUGCAUCUGGAGUGCAUUUUACUGAUUAUUGCUGCUUUAUGACGACACGUCAUGAAGUUUUAUUUUUUGUUUGUUUCAUUUUUUUUUUUUUCAUUCUUUCUCACCUCCGCCCGGGUUGGAGCUCGUUUGGCAUGCGAUCAGUAGGGAGAGAAUUCCUAUGGCUGUUCUCACCAGCUUUUCAACAAGAUCAUUCACUAUUUAACAUCAUUCACGUUUAGUUUAGGUUUUAAGUCUCUUUUUUUUUUUUUUUUGUUUGCUCCGGUAUCUGAUCUGACGGCAGAAAAAACAUAGAAUUAGUUAUUGUUAUUGUAGUAUAUGGUUUUUUUUUGCUUUACUAGAUGUGUUCAAUUUGAGGAUACGAUUCGGGCGUGGCCAUGCUCAUAAUGUUUGAAGUACAUACUGAUCUUUUUAAGACAGCUAUAGAUUAGAGAUGAUGUGUAACCCUCCUCAGACGAUUCAUCCUCACUCGGCACCAAACGACGGUGACGGUAAACCUGUAAAAUGGCCAUGAUAUCUAUUUUUGUAAGAUUUUGUACAUACACCAAACAGGAAAACGAAAUUGUUCGCGUUUUUCGGCAAACGUAAUAUAAAUUAACGGGUAGAGCUGCAAAGGGUGAAAGAGCGGAUGUAUUUAACGAGUGCGCGUGCGGUCAAACCUUCCCGCUGCCACGCUUCGAUCGGCACAAGAGUACGCGUAUAUUUUUAUCGGGCCUGCUUUAACGCCGUUUUCCAAUCCUCUUUGUUUUAAUUUCUCUGUAGUGUAGAACAAACCCCCCCCCCCCGUGCCACGAUUAACGUGCAGAUGUUUGGUGCAUUCUACCCUUUAUGCUGCGCAUGCUUGAGCAAGAGUACUUUUUCUAAAAAACAAAAAACAAAAAAAAGUGAAUAAAAUAAAAAUUAUGAUA